AUGUCAGGUGCAGCGUCAUCAUCGAGUAUCCUCCACGCUCGCCUAGACGCGUGCUACGAACAAUGGCGUCAAUUGGAGCGCGAACGCAAGCGGACCGAGGCUAGGCUAGCCUUAGCUUACCCCGGCCGAGCUGUGUCGUCGUCCAACUCCAUACCUGUGCCGAGACUGCCUCCUUGCCCCACUAGGGUCGAUAGACUCACUGUGGAUAUGCUGAGGGAACAUACUAAGGUAUUAACCCUAAUGGGCAAGAUGGAGACACUACGAGCGAGUGUGUGCGUAGCUCAAAACAAGAAGCCAGUCAAGUCCGAAGACGCGAAGAUCACGGUCCUGAAGCGAGGGCAGGAAAAUGUAGCUCAUGAUAAGGAGAAGGACAGCGGCGUGGACCCGGCCACGUUCGACCCUAGCUCUUGGAAGGACGACGUCAAGAAUCUGGCUGAGAUUGAUCAGGUCACGAAUAUCACGGUCCUGAAGCGAGGGCAGGAGAACGUAGCCCAUGAUAAGGAGAAGGACAGCGGCGUGGACCCGGCCACGUUCGACCCUAGCUCUUGGAAGGACGACGUCAAGAAUCUGGCUGAGAUUGAUCAGGUCACGAAGAUCACGGUCCUGAAGCGAGGGCAGGAGAACGUAGCUCAUGAUAAGGAGAAGGACAGCGGCGUGGACCCGGCCACGUUCGACCCUAGCUCUUGGAAGGACGACGUCAAGAAUCUGGCUGAGAUCGCACCGCAUAGCGAGGUAGAAAGUGCUAUGCUAUCAUGGCGGUCCGCCGUGGGAGCAGUGCAAGCCGCACGUCGUCGCGAAUUGUCGCCGCACCACGCGCGAUACAUGCGUUCUGACCGUGAGUACCUGGCUUCAUAA